CUCCCCCUCCCUCACUGUAUCCAUCCCACCACACCAGCACCACAGCCGCUCAGACCGAACCGCCCCUGAAAGAAGGCGCAAAUUGCAGACGGGUCCACGGAUCGAUCCCCAAUCCUCCAGGCCGCCGCGAUGGGCAUCUCCAGCAUGCCGGCGCCCAAGGAGAGCCUCCUGAUCUACCUGCUCUACCACGCCGUCGUCUCGAUCGCCGCCCUGGCGGGCCUCCUCCGCGCCGCGCUCGUCUUCCUCGGCCUGCCCGCGCCGCCGUCGCUGCUGGCCGGGGAGGACGCCGACGGCGCCGACCAGCUCACGGCGGCCACCCCGGCGGCCCCCAGCCUGGCCGAGAGGUUCAGGAGCAGGUUCCGCCCCGCGCGCUUCGGCCGGAGGCGGGGCGCGGCGGCGGUGCCUGACUGCCGCGUCUGCCUGGUGCGGUUCGAGGCGGACGCCGUGGUGAACCGCCUGCCCUGUGGCCACCUCUUCCACCGCGCCUGCCUCGAGACCUGGCUGGACUACGACCACGCCACCUGCCCGCUCUGCCGCUCCCGCCUCCUCCCGGCCGCCGCGGCCGCCGACGAGUCGUGGUCGCCGCCGGCCCCCACCCUGACGGCCUGGAUUUAGGCACGAGUGAAGCGAAGAGAAGAGAAGAGAGAGAUUCGCCCCGUCGCGUCGCCCCCGGCUAUGUGCUAGCUCCGUGUGUGGCCUCUCCGUGUGCGCGUAGGAAUUUAGAUGGAUCCUAGCAGAGGGCUCUGCUCCUCGCCUUUCGCAUUUGCCUUUUGGUUUCGUUUUCUGUACGCCUCGUGCCAUCGCUGUACCGUGUAAAUAUUUUUCAGCAGAGAGCGCUCCUACGGGUGUAGCGCUUUGUGUGAUGAGAAAUUUGUGUACGGCCUUCGGCUUUUUUUACGAGAAACGGAAAAUUGAUGGAACAAGGAUGUGUUGUGAACA